AUGGCUUCGGGCGCCAUUCUUUCCACCGAGCGAGAGGCGCCGAAGAAGCUCCUGGCCAGAUUUGCCCGCUUCGACGUGCCCCUCCUGCGCGCAUCCGAGUAUCGCGGGCAUGAGGUCGAUCUUCUGCUGCUCGCCUGGGCUUUGCUGCUCUUUCGCCAUAGCAAUGGCAAUCAUAUCGAAUUUACCUGGGGCCGCAACGAAACUGCGGCCGACUUCACCUUCAACUUCGGCACUUCCGGCUUGAGUUGGAGCACCUCCGAGCUGAUCGCAAAGGCCCUGGAAGGCGUGCAAUCUUACCGACAACAGAUCCAAGCAGGCAAAUUAGUCGCGCUCGACGAGGCUAUCGUGUUUUUCAACGAUGAAUGUGCGCCGAGUGACCUUUCCAGCAAUGCGCGCGUCAGCGACGGCGAUGCACUUGGAGGCGGAAUGGCAUGGGGAAAUAUCCAGCUGCAAGCGACCAUGUCGGACGGUAAUUUGUGGCUGCGGCCCUGCUGGCGCGAACCCCUCGGUGCGGAAUACCUUGCGGGACACUACGCGAAUGCCGUGGUAGAAAUCCUCAACACUCUCAUGACUGGCCUCUCGAACCCGAUUUCUUCGGUUUUGGGACCUGGUGGCGUGGAUCUAUCUGAAAUCUGGCGCUGGAACAAGGACGUGCCCGCUACCGAAAAUGCCUGCGUGCAAGACCUGAUCUUCGAACAAGUGCAAAGGCGACCGACAGCACAGGCAAUCUGCUCAUGGGACGGAAACCUCACAUAUGAAGAGAUCGGAAGAUACGCGACUCUUGUCGCACAUAAUCUCGUCCGAAUCGGUCUGAAGAUUGGCCAGAUUGUUCCCAUCUGCUUUGAGAAAUCACGUUGGACCAUUGUUGCCGUGUUCGGUGUCUUGAAAGCCGGAGGUGCAAUGGUGCUGAUGGAUCCCAGCCAGCCUCUCGAGAGACGUCAGACUAUUGCUGAGCAAGUCGGCGCCACUAUCGUCAUCACAUCUAAGACACAUGCGCCAUUCGGUCCUAAGAUUGCACCUGGCGCAAAGGCCGUGGUCGUCGCCCAGGAUACACUGGAUGAGCUGGCCGAGCAGGCUACCAAGACAGCCAAGCUCGAGCUUCCAGUUGUCCCAACCGACUCUAUCCUCUAUUUGAUCUUCACUUCCGGAAGUACCGGCAAGCCUAAGGGUGUCGUUAUCAACCAUGCCACAUAUACCACCAGUGCCAUCGCGCGGAGUGCUGCUGUCGGAUAUACCGCCGAAACCCGAGUGCUCGAUUUCGCGUCAUAUGCAUUCGAUGUCAGUAUCGACAGCAUGCUCUGCACAACACUUCGCGGCGGAUGUCUCUGUAUUCCCUCCGACGAGGAUCGUCUGAACGAUCUCAGCGGAGUCAUUCGCCGGAUGGGGGUCACCAUGUCCAACAUGACUCCUUCUGUGGCGCGCAUUCUGGAUGCCGACAUCAUUCCUUCUCUACACAGUCUCGGUCUUGGCGGCGAGUCAUGCUCCAUCGGCGACGUCUCAGAAUGGGGCAAGCAAACUAGAAUUGUGAUCGGAUAUGGUCCGUCCGAAUGCACGGUUGGAUGCACGAUCAACCCCAGCGCGGCCGGCAAGCCGUAUGUCAGCAUUGGACCUGGCAAUGGAGGUGUGAUCUGGCUGACCGACCCCGACGACCACAACAAACUCGUCCCCAUCGGUGCAGUCGGAGAAUUGCUAGUUGAGGGACCCAUCGUUGGUCAAGGCUACUUGGGCGACCCUGAAAAGACAGCGGCUGCAUUUAUUGAGAACCCCACAUGGCUUGUUGCUGGUGGUGGAGGCGUUCCAGGACGCAGAGGCCGACUAUAUAAGACCGGUGACCUGGUCCGCUAUGACCCAGACGGUGAACAAGGCUUUGUCUUCGUCGGCCGUAAGGAUACACAGGUCAAGCUACGUGGACAGCGUGUUGAGCUCGGCGAGAUUGAACAUCACUUACGACGACUUCUUCCUUCGGGAACUGAUGUUGUCGCUGAAGUCAUUGCUCCCCAGGGUCGGAGCAAGGAGUCGAUGCUCCUCGCUUUCGUGGCUGAUCCCAAUGCCGAAAAGCCAGAUGCAAAGGAUAAUGAGCUCCAGCAAAUUGAGUUCUCCUCUGCACUUCGUGAGAAGAUGGCGGAUCUUAAUGAGCAGUUAUCCAAGGCUCUCCCAAUCUACAUGGUUCCUUCAACAUACAUUGGCAUUGAUCGUAUGCCGAUGCUUGUCUCCGGCAAGAUUGAUCGCAAGCUCCUACGUGCCUUCGGAUCACAACUGAUUCUGCAAUCCAGCUCAUCUGAUUCCUCCAGAGGCCAGAACCAGAAGCCUUUAUGCGAAACAGAGACCUGCCUUCACGAAAUUUGGUGUCACCUUCUUGGCUUGACAGCAGAACAAGUGAGCACCACUCAUAACUUCUUUAUCCUGGGCGGAGACUCCGUUCUGGCAAUGAAGCUGGUGCCCGCGGUCCGAGAGCAAGGGUUCGUGUUGACGGUGGCGGACAUCUUCAGCUUCCCCGUCCUGGCCGACAUGGCACAGGCAAUGCAGAAGGAAGAGGCAAGCUCGCAGGUCGAGGUGCCUUCUUUCUCUCUCAUCGACUCUAAUUGGGACCGGCAAUCCGCGUGUGAAGAAGCUGCUGGCCAGUGUGGUGUCUCUAAGGAGUCCAUUGAGGAUAUUUACCCUUGCACACCACUGCAAGAAAUUUUGAUGGCAUUCUCUGCCCGCUCGUCAGAGAGCUAUGUCGCCCAGCGAAUUGCCGAGGUUCCCAAUAAGGAAACAGCCGACAAGCUGAAGGAGGCAUGGAGUGUUGUCAUCAAGGAAAGCGCAAUCUUGCGCACCCGGGUUGUGGAGUUCAAAGAGCAUGGCUUCAUGCAGGUUGUGACCAACGAGGUCCCAGAGUGGCAGUCAAGCGAUGCGAGCCUUGAGCAAUUUUUGGAUCAGGACCAGAAGACUCCUAUGUCUGUCAAUAUGCCCCUAAGUCGAUUCUCCCUUGUCCACGAUGACUCCGCCGGCAAGAUUUAUUUCGUUUGGACCGUUCACCAUGCCAUCUAUGACGGCUGGUCAACGGACCUGAUGAUCGAACAUGCAAAGAACGCCUACAGGGGUAUUUCGACACCCCGACCAGCCGAGUUCAAGCACUUUAUUCAGUACCUCGUCGAUCCUUCCAGAGAGGCUUCGAAGGACUACUGGCGCGUUCAGCUGCAAGGUGCAACUGGACCCCAGUAUCCGUCGCUGCCAUCGCGUAUGUACAUUCCAGAGCCCAAUGCAUUGGCACAGAGAAUCGUUCCGGUAGAGCAGUCCACAAGGUCCAGCAUCACCACCGCAACUCUGAUUCGCGCUGCGUGGGCCAUGGUUGCUUCCCAAUAUACCAUGAGCGAUGAUGUGGUGUUCGGUGAGACAUUUGCAGGACGCACUCUCCGCAUCCCUGGCGUCGAGCAAAUUGAAGGCCCUAUGAUUGCCACAGUUCCUGUUCGUGUGCGCAUCGACCGAUCAGCACCUGUUCAGGAGUUCCUUCAAUCCAUUCAAGAGCAAGGUCUUGUACGAGCUGCUCACGAGCAUCUUGGUAUGCAGAACAUCCGCCGCGUGAGUGGCGACGCCCAGCUGGCAUGUGAAGUUAAGAUGGGAUUGGUUAUUCAACCUCGCCCAGCAGAUGCUCCUGAGGAAUCUGGAGGUGAGCUUCCGCCGUUCCGCGUCGAGGAUGCUGCCCAUGAGGCUCUACGCUUCAACUCUUAUCCGUUGAUGCUGGCAUGCUCAUUGCGUUCAGAUGGAUUUGAGGUCACCGCAAGCUUCGAUUCCAACUUGAUCUCCGAACCCCAAAUGCACCGUGUCCUUGCGCAGCUUGAAUAUGUUGUCUCGCAACUUUGCAAUGACGAUUCAAUUCAGCUCGGAAACAUCACUUGUCUGAGCGAUCAGGAACUUGCCGAGAUCUGGCUUAUCAACAAGGCUCCUGAAUCCCCCGUCCCUGAUGCCUCCAGCUUUGUUCUUGAGCCCAAGGGACUUAUGACUGGAGACAAAUACCCAACAUCCUUCGUUCCAUGGAUCGUCCACCCUGCGAACCCCAAUCAGCUUAUGCCAUUCGGAACUGUGGGUGAGCUGCUCCUAGAGGGUGUCGGAGAAGCCGCGAACCUCGAUACUCCGGAGUGGAUGAUAAAGGGCGCGGGCGAGAUUGAAGGUCGCAAAGUCAGACUUUACCAGACUGGUGACCUAGUCAAGUACGCUGAUGACAAGAGUCUGGUCUUCAUGGGUCGCAAGGAGAGUCUUCGAAAGGUCGACGGCUAUGUCAUGGAUCUUGCGACUGUUGAUCUUCAGCUGAGACAUUGGCUCCCCGAAAAUGUUCACGGUGCUAGUCAGCUUAUUGUCCCCAACGCCUCUGAUACUCAAUUACCCGUGCUGGUCGCAUUCGUGAGCGAGCCUCCUACGAAGGAGGGCCAGGUGGUGGACCUUGGUCUCAAGACACCGAAUAACAAACUUGCAUUGUCCAGCGUCAUCUCUGUCGAACUUGCUGAAGCCAUUGUUGGUCUGAACAAGAAAUUUGCCGAUGUUCUUCCUCCUUACAUGAUUCCCUCUAUCUACAUUCCUCUUGAGAAGCUUCCUUAUCUCGGUGAAAAAGUUGACAUCGAGUCUUUGAGGUCAUUGUCGGAGCAUGUUACCCAGGAUUUUCUGCUGCAGCUUCGAACUGUCUUCACGAGCCUCCGUUCUGGCCGAGGAGCGAAGCAAAUGACUAUGAAGGAACGCGCACUACGCGGUUUGUGGGCUAAAUCUCUUGGUGUGGAGGAAGAAAAGCUGACCCUUGAUGACAACUUCUUCCGACUGGGUGGUGAUUCUAUCAUGGCCAUGAAACUAGUGACUGCUUUGCGUCUGGCUGGAUACCACCUGUCCGUGACUGACAUUUUCCGCAAUAUGCAACUCUCUGACAUGGCUAGUGUCCUGGUGGAUGCUCCUCUUGAUGGUGGACGGGUGAUUAAGGAAUACAAGCCCUUCUCGAUGAUCAACACUGGUGAUCUCCAGGAGUACUUGUCAAAGAAUAUUCAGCCCACCCUGGCCGAUGCAGCCUGGAGCAUUGAAGAUGUCCUUCCCGCCACCGACCCGCAGCAGCGCGAUGUUGAAACUACCGUCUCCAGGCCUCGGAGUGCUGUUCAGUACAACAUGCUGUACUUCAAGGACAUUAACACCUCUCGCCUAUUGGAGAGCUUCCAGAAGCUCGUCUCUUCUCACCCGGUACUGCGAACUGUUUUCAUCAAGGAAGGAGGUCGUACGCUGCAAGUCGUAUUGAAAGACUUUAAGGUGUCAUUCUCAGAGCACAGUACCGAGGAACCCGUCAAGGAUGCCUGCAAGAAACUCGCCGGGGAGGACAUCGAAGUUGACUCCUCCUUCGCCCUGGGCACCUCUUACUUGCAUCUCUUUAUCGUCCAAAACACCGAAGAAACAGGACUGAUGAUUCGAAUCUCACAUGCUCAAUACGAUGGAAUUUCUUUCCCUGAAGUUCUUCGACAGCUCGAGCUCAUAUACGAGGGUAAGGACAUCGAGUCUCCGGUUCCUUUCGCUAGCUACAUCCAAUACCAAGCCGAGACCAAGCUCGAGAAAAUCCAGUACUGGCGCAACGUUCUCCAAGGCGCUUGGUUGACCGUACUGCCCUCGGCUCAGGCCGACAGCAAGCCCAAGUUUAUCAAGAAGGAGGUUACUCUGUCUGCUCGUUCUCCCGACACCACAAUGGCUACCCUUCUCACGGCCAGUUGGGCACGCGUGCUGUCUAAGCAUCUCGAUACAGAUGAUCUCACAUUCGGCGGUGUCGUGUCCGGUCGCACAGUCGACCUGCCGGAUGUCGACCGCAUCAUGGGCCCGACUUACCAGUACAUACCUCUGAGAGUUAAGUUCGAGUCGGGAUGGACCGUGAAGGACCUUCUCGAUAGUGUGCGUGACCAGUUCCUCGAGGGUAGCCGCCACGCCACACUGGGCUUCCAGGAGAUCUCUGACAACUGCACUAGCUGGUCACCAACCAUUCCAUUCUUCUCGUCGAUUGUCCACCACCACGACAUUGAUUACUUUGAUACAAUUCCCUUCGCUGGUGGCGAGUGUGGUGUUGAUUACACGAACCCGCACCCCGAGUCUCCUAACCCGAUUCGUGUGACGUCCUACACUGAAGGUGGCAAGACCUAUGUUGGCAUUGUCGGCGACGAAGUACGCCUCCAGUUCUGGGAGGAGAGACUGGAUGAGCUGGCUCUUGCCAUCGAGGAGCUAGCGAAUGAUCCUGCAGCCGUGAUUUGA